UUUGUCCAGUUGCGAAAUAUAAUCCUUGGAAAUAAUAUCACAUUAUGUCCGAUCUGGAGCCAGAAAAUGAUGAAAAAGAGGAGGAGCAAGAACAGCCGGAGGAACUGGAUCCCGCCAAACUGUUGGAAACCACCGCCGCUCUUCAGGAGGACGAGGAUCUGGCAAAUAUAGUGACCGCCGAGGAGUAUUUGAUGUGCAAGGAUGUGGUGCUCUUGGAAUACGAAAAACAAAUGUUUCUCGAUCAGGUUCAGGCGGAUGGUCUUCUAGUUUGCGCCAAAGGCCUGAGCUACGAACGCGUUUUGAUCAAUAUUUUGAAAGCCUACAGCGAUUCCGGGAAUCUGGUACUCGUGAUCAACAGUUCCGACUGGGAGGAGAAGUAUUUGAAGUCCAAAAUGGAACCCAAAUAUGUCCACGAAGUGGCCAAUACGGCCACAGAAAGGGAGCGAGUUUAUGUGGAAGGCGGCUUACAGUUCAUCAGCACCCGUAUCCUGGUGGUGGAUCUGCUGAAGCAGCGCAUUCCCAUCGAGCUGAUCAGCGGAAUUAUUGUCCUGAGGGCGCACACCAUCAUCGAAAGUUGCCAGGAGGCAUUCGCGUUGCGAUUGUACCGGCAGAAGAACAAAACCGGAUUCGUGAAGGCAUUUUCCAGCAGUCCGGAGGCCUUCACUAUUGGCUAUUCGCAUGUAGAGCGCACCUUGCGCAAUCUGUUUGUGAAGAAUUUAUAUAUUUGGCCCCGAUUUCAUGCCACCGUUCGUGGCUCCUUGCAGCCGUGGCAGACACAAACAAUUGAACUUCAUGUUCCACUCAGCCAGAACAUGACUUCAAUUCAAACGCACAUCCUGGACAUUAUGAACUUUCUGGUGCGGGAGAUCAAGCGGAUUAAUCGUACCGUUGAUAUGGAUGCGGUCACCGUGGAGAACUGUGUGACCAAGAAGUUCCACAAAAUACUGCAGGCGCAGCUGGAUUGCAUCUGGCAUCAGCUAAAUUCGCAGACCAAGUUAAUAGUGGCCGAUCUCAAGAUUCUGCGCAGUCUGAUGAUCUCCACCAUGUACCACGAUGCUGUCAGUGCCUAUGCCUUGAUGAAACGCUAUCGGAGCACGGAAUAUGCCCUGAGUAACUCAGGAUGGACUUUACUAGAUGCCGCCGAGCAGAUCUUCAAGCUCUCCAGACAGCGUGUUUUCAAUGGACAGCAGGAAUUUGAACCUGAACCGUGUCCCAAAUGGCAGGCACUCACGGACCUGCUCACCCAGGAUAUACCCGGUGAUAUGCGACGCUGCAGGCGAACGGAACAGCCAAAAGUAUUGAUCCUCUGCCAGGAUGCACGUACCUGUCAUCAGUUAAAACAGUAUCUCACACAAGGUGGGCCACGUUUUCUGCUCCAGCAGGCACUGCAUCAUGAAAUGCCCGUGGGCAAACUGAGCGAUAAGUACGCCAAAGAGGGUCACGGCAGGGAAGCUCCUUUAAAACAGGCUUCCUAUAAAAAGGAGCCACUCAAAGAGGAGGCUUCCAAUUCUCAACCACCGGCUGCUGGUCUGGAUGAACUUGCUCAGCUUUUAAGCGAGUCGGAGGCAGAGGGCCAGCACUUUGAGGAGAGUUACAUGCUAACCAUGACACAGCCGCUGGUGCAGGAGCCUUUAUUGGACAUAAAACCCGAUCCAGAUGUCUCCAUUUUCGAAACCAUACCGGAACUUGAGCAAUUUGAUGUUACAGCGGCACUGGCGGCGUUGCCUCAUCAGCCGUAUAUCUGUCUGCAGACCUUCAAAACGGAAAGUGAGGGAUCGAUGGCACUGGAGCACAUGCUGGAGCAACUGCAGCCUCACUAUGUGGUUAUGUACAAUACGAAUGUCACGGCCAUUCGGCAAUUGGAGGUUUUCGAAGCCAGGCGUCGUCUGCCGCCUGCAGAUCGAAUGAGGGUCUAUUUUCUGAUCCAUGCACGCACCGUGGAGGAGCAGGCCUAUCUGACCAGUUUGCGACGGGAAAAAGCCGCCUUUGAGUUGAUAAUCGAUACCAAAAGUAAAAUGGUGAUACCCGAGUACCAGGAUGGCAAGACCGAUGAAGCCUUCUUGCUGUUCAAGAAUUAUGAUGAUGAACUGGCGGGCGAAAAUGCCAAGAGUCGUCAGGCAGGUGGCCAAGUUUCGCAGGCACCCAAAGAGACGCCCAAAGUCAUAGUGGAUAUGCGUGAAUUCCGCUCCGAUUUGCCCUGUUUAAUUCACAAGCGUGGCCUGGAGGUCCUGCCGUUGACCAUUACGAUUGGCGAUUAUAUACUCACACCGGAUGUCUGUGUGGAACGCAAGUCAAUUUCGGAUUUAAUUGGUUCCUUGAAUUCGGGAAGAUUGUACAACCAAUGUGUGCAGAUGCAAAGACAUUAUGCGAAACCUAUUUUGCUGAUCGAGUUCGAUCAGAAUAAACCGUUUCACCUGCAAGGAAAAUUUAUGCUCUCGCAGCAGACGAGCAUGGCCAAUGCGGACAUAGUCCAGAAAUUGCAGCUGCUCACGUUGCAUUUCCCAAGAUUGCGACUCAUUUGGUCACCCAGUCCUUAUGCCACAGCGCAGCUUUUCGAGGAAUUGAAGCUGGGCAAACCCGAACCGGAUCCCCAAAAGGCGGUGGCUUUGGGCAGCGAUGAGCCCACGGCGGGGGAGCAAUUGCAUUUCAACAGCGGCAUCUACGAUUUCCUGCUACGUCUGCCCGGCGUUCAUACGCGCAAUAUACACGGCCUACUCCGGAAGGGUGGCAGCCUGCGGCAGUUGUUGCUGCGCAGCCAAAAGGAGCUGGAGGAGCUGCUGCAGUCGCAGGAGAGCGCCAAGCUGCUGUACGAUAUCCUGCAUGUGGCCCACUUGCCCGAGAAGGACGAGGUGGCCGGCUCCACGGCGCUGCUGGCAGCUGGCAAGCAAUUUGGCGCCGGCUCGCACAAUCGCUUCAGGAAGGCGGCAGCCGAAUCGAGAAGGGGCCGUCGAUAAACUGAAUGGAGUAGAAACGCAAACAGGGUGCUGAUGCAGGACCUUAAAAACAUAAUAUUCAGAGAACAAAUUAUGGAGGAGCAGCCACUGCUGGACAACCAGGAGAACCAGUAGUCUCUGCACUGAAGUGCCGAGCAAACAAACAGCGCGAAAUUAUGGAAAUUUUUUAAACGUUGCAAUUAAGUCGACAAGGGAAUGGGACGCGGAUGCAGUUGCAGAUGCAGAUGAUGAUGGGGACGAGGAUGAGGUAACUGUCUGGCCGGCAGACAACGUUGACCGCUGGGAUGCGACAACUGCGACAGCAAACUGCAGACGGAGCCUUCGGGGAUGAGCGCUUAAAAAUCAAUUUUCAAUAAAUUUUUAAUUGCCCCCGCACUGGCCGUCUGUCCAUCCCGUCCAUCCCAUAGGAUUGUCCUCCCACGGAACACCAGCAAGAUUAACAGCCGACCAUGUGAUACACGCAGAUAUAAACGGAAUUUUUCAUCCACAAUUCACCUGCAAAACAGCCCCAGACUGAAAUGUGUAAGGUAUAAGAUAUAUAUGUAUUCAGAAGAAAGUUUUCAUUACAUUAUAUAUUUAUUUUAUUUUUUUUCAUCUUUAAAAAUGUGUUUCUUGUCAAAUGUAUGGAUUUCCUGUUAGCCCAUAAGUUUGUUAUUUGUAUUAAUAACUUUUACAGGAAAUUACGAAAUUAUGACUAGCAGUAAUUUCAGUUUUGAACAGUAAAAGAGGCUAUUCCUUCCUUACUUAGUGCUACGCCCAUUGCCCAUCUAAAUCCUUCCCAGAUUCAGUGCAUAAUUUCAAAAACCGCAAUUGGUUGCCAACUGAAAUGACGUUAAGCGGGGUAA